AUGGCUUUAAGGUGCUUUGUUAAUAAUGCUUUUGGAAAUGAGCCUAAAGUUGUUGUUACUGAUCAAGAUGCUGCAAUGAAGAGAACUAUUAAGGAUGUACUUUCAAGAAGUAGGCAUAGGUUAUGUAUGUGGCAUAUAUGGGAGAAAUUGAAGACAAAGGUUGGUCCUGUUUUGUCAGCAAACAUUGAUUUUAAUACAAAAAUGACUCAUGUUGUUUGGAAUGAUACUAUUAUUCCGGAAGAUUUUGAAACUGAGUGGCAUUCAAUAAUGUCUACUUUUGGAUUAGAAAAUCAUGAGUGGUUAAAAGAUAUGUAUGAUCUUCGAUUUGAUUGGAUUGCCGCUUAUUACCAUGGAGAGAAUUUGGCUGGUCUUAUGCGUACUACGUCUAGAUGUGAAAGCGAGAAUUACUUCUUUGGUCAGAUUUGCAAUCCAAGAUGUACACUUGUUGAAUUUUUCACUCAUUUUGAGAUUGCAAUGGAUAUUCAAAGGCAUGAGCAUAGGAGGAAUGAUCAUGAUACAAGGUAUAUUCAGUCUAAGACCUGGAGUGACAUUGUAUUGGAGAAACAAGCAUCAGAAAUAUAUACCAAAACAAUUUUUAAAGAUAUUCAUAUUAAAAUUGAUGCUGCCAUUACAAAGUGUAUGCCAAAGUCUCAUGAUACUGUGGGUGAUGUUCAAUAUUAUGAAAUAAAGGAUUUCAAACAGCCAUGCAUAUCUUUAUUCAAGGUUCAAUACAGUAAACAAGAAGAUGGUUUAAGUAUAAGUUGUACUUGCAAACGGUUUGAACAAUUUGGUAUAUUGUGCCGCCAUAUAUUUUAUGUUCUACGGUAUGAUGAUAUAACUGAGUUUCCUAGAAGAUAA